AUGUGGCGGGAUCGCACCAACCUAUACAUAUCCUACCGACAGUCCUUUGCACAUCAUCCCUCCAAAAAGCCUCGAUUUCUCGGUCCGUCCAAUGGCUUCGAAACCUCCGCGCAGCCGGAGGAAAGCCGGCGCCUGAUCUCCGAGACAGGCGGCUUCGAGGACGAUGGUGAUAUGGUGAUUGAGAUGGAUUUGCUUCCACCACGCUGGGUCGAUAUCCAGGAAGAAGUCUCCGAGCACCUAGCGGAUAUUGCGCUAAAGUCUUCACAACUGGACAAGCUCCACCAAAAGCACCUGCUUCCCGGGUUCGGCGAUGAGGAUCUCCGGAGAAAAAGACGAGGGCCCAUUAAGCGGAUUGAGACAAUGGUGCGCGACUCGAAGCAACAGGGUGGAGUGAGUAACGGCGAAGAGACAAUGGCCAAGAAUAUCCAAAUAUCCUUAGCCGCGAGAGUCCAGGAGUCGAGUGCUCGAUUCCGGAAGAAGCAAAGCACUUACUUGAGGAAAUUACGAGACCUCGAGGGUUUCUCAACGCCAUUCGACCACGCCCCAACUCCAGUCCAGAACCCGUACACAGAUCCCUCCUUGAUGGAAUCCGACGCCGAUAAGUCAUUCUCGCAGACCAUGUUGCAGCAGACAUCCCAGCGUCACACGGGCCAGAAUGACGCCGCCAUUGCGCAGCGAGAGCGCGAGAUCAAUGAUAUUGCAAAGGGAAUUAUCGAGCUAUCAGACAUCUUCCGGGAACUACAAUCGAUGAUCAUCGACCAAGGGACUAUGCUCGACCGCAUUGACUACAACGUGGAAAGAAUGGGAACCGAGGUCAAAGCCGCGGACAAGGAACUCAAAGUGGCCACAAACUACCAAAAGCGCACCACUAAGCGCAAAGUAAUGAUCCUCUUGGCCCUGGUGGUAAUUGGACUCAUAAUUGUCUUGGUCGUGAAACCGAAACGUUCUAGUGCUCCACCACCUCCUGUCGAAGAGUCUUCGAACAAUAUUCGAUCUUUAUUGGCUUCAGAGGCUCGGGCAAGGAGAUAUAGCUUGUCCAGUCGGUUUGCGAGGGACCGGUGGAUGGACCCGCAUAUACUUCGAUGA